ACCACAGCUUACCCUCUGGAAACGACUUCUGGUGCUCAACUGAUCCCCAUCCAACACCAUGUGUGACGACGACGAGACUACCGCCCUUGUGUGCGACAACGGCUCCGGCCUGGUGAAGGCUGGCUUUGCUGGAGACGAUGCUCCCCGCGCUGUCUUCCCCUCCAUCGUUGGUCGCCCCCGUCACCAGGGUGUGAUGGUGGGUAUGGGUCAGAAAGAUUCCUACGUGGGAGACGAGGCCCAGAGCAAGAGGGGUAUCCUCACUCUGAAGUACCCCAUCGAGCACGGCAUCAUCACCAACUGGGACGACAUGGAGAAGAUCUGGCACCACACGUUCUACAACGAGCUGCGCGUGGCCCCCGAGGAGCACCCGACGCUGCUCACCGAGGCCCCGCUUAACCCCAAGGCCAACAGGGAGAAGAUGACACAGAUCAUGUUUGAGACCUUCAACGUCCCCGCCAUGUAUGUGGCCAUCCAGGCUGUGCUCUCCCUUUACGCCUCCGGUCGUACCACUGGUAUCGUGCUGGACUCCGGUGAUGGUGUGACCCACAACGUCCCCAUCUAUGAGGGGUAUGCUCUUCCCCACGCCAUCAUGCGUCUGGACCUUGCCGGUCGUGACCUGACUGACUACCUGAUGAAGAUCCUGACAGAACGUGGCUACUCCUUCGUGACCACUGCUGAGCGUGAGAUUGUGCGUGACAUCAAGGAGAAGCUGUGCUACGUCGCGCUGGACUUCGAGAAUGAGAUGGCCACCGCUGCCUCCUCUUCCUCCUUGGAGAAAUCUUACGAGUUGCCUGACGGUCAGGUCAUCACCAUUGGCAACGAGCGUUUCCGCUGCCCUGAGACCCUCUUCCAGCCCUCCUUCAUUGGUAUGGAAUCAGCUGGUAUCCAUGAGACGACCUACAACAGCAUCAUGAAGUGUGACAUUGAUAUCCGCAAGGAUCUGUACGCCAACAACGUCCUCUCUGGUGGUACCACCAUGUACCCUGGUAUUGCUGACCGCAUGCAGAAAGAAAUCACCGCCCUGGCCCCCAGCACUAUGAAGAUCAAGAUCAUUGCUCCUCCUGAGCGUAAGUAUUCCGUCUGGAUCGGCGGCUCCAUCCUGGCUUCCCUGUCCACCUUCCAGCAGAUGUGGAUCAGUAAGCAGGAGUACGACGAGGCUGGCCCCUCCAUCGUGCACAGGAAGUGCUUCUAAACACCGCGACGCUGCUGGUCGUCACCGCUUAUGGAUGCCAAAAACUCUCACCAUUACCUCCGCCUGUUCCGCAGGCAGCCCUCCUUUGCUUUUUGUUCUUGUACAGUAUGUUUACACCGAAGUGCAAUUUAUAUGUGGAUAUUUUCUGGUUCAUAAAUGAAUUUAUAUGUGGAUAUUUAUUGCUUUGUAAAAUAAACAAGAC